ACACUAUUCUUACACAUAUAACCCUUUUCAAUCAUUACAAAAAUAGCCACAAUGUCCAAUCUAGCCAUUCUUUCACUAAUUUUCACCAUUUUCAUCUCUACUUCUAACGCCAUUUCCCAAUGUAACGGCCCUUGUAAAACAUGGGACGAUUGUGAUGGUCAAUUAAUUUGCAUAAACGGAAAAUGUAACGACGAUCCUAACGUUGGAACCAAAGUUUGCAAAAAUAGCCCUCCUUCUGUCCCUUCUCCGACUCCGUCCAAUACAUGUCGUCCAUCUGGCACAAUCAAUUGCAACGGUGUACACCCAAUCUAUCGUUGCUCGCCACCUGUCACCUCGUCAACGCCCGCUCAACUAACCCUCAACAACUUUGCUAGAGGCGGAGAUGGUGGGGGUCCAUCGUCAUGUGACGGGAAAUAUCAUGAUAACAACGAAAGUAUAGUGGCAUUGUCUACUGGAUGGUUCGCGGGACGUUCAAGGUGUGGUAAAAUGAUACGUAUUCGUGCUAAUAAUGGAAAGACCGUAACAGCUAAAGUAGUUGAUGAAUGUGAUUCUACUAUGGGUUGUGAUGCGGAACACGCGUUUCAAAGUCCAUGCAAAAAUAACAUAGUGGAUGGUUCAAUUGCUGUGUGGAGAGCUUUAGGGUUGAAUACAAAUUUGGGUAUAGUUCCUGUCACUUGGUCCAUGGUCUAGGUCGGGAUGGAGCGAUAAUUAUGAAUUUCGAUAGAAUUUAAUAACUUUAUACACCAAAUUAUAUAAUAAGCGUGUCAUCUUGCAUGUAAUAAGAUGUACAUUGGAGUUCCUUAAAAUUAAUAAACUAUGAUAU